GCACGCUUGACGUGUCUCUCCGUGAUGACGUAUGAACCAUCCUUCCCAAGAUGGCGUUACACCUGUUCCUCCGGCGGUGAUCCCUGCUGUUGUCUGCGCAGCGCCAGAAAAAACAAAGCACCAGGAACAGACGGUUAACAAACCGGAAACGUAGUUAAACAUCUGGAGUGGAAACAGUCUUUCCAGAUGUCCACGGAGGAGCUGUCAGCCUCAGACAGCGAGGCUGCCUUCGCCAGCGCGGGGGAGCGAUGGGCACCGGUCGGAGCCGUGGCCAGUCCCGAGGAUGAGAGCGGGAGCGGGAGAGCAUUGCAGCCGAAGCAGAGAGCCUCGUCCUCGGCCACCGAUGAGGAAAUGGCCGCCAGGCUGGAGAAGCUGGAGGAGGAGCAGGACCAGCUGAACUCCUCUCUCCUCGCUCUCACCUCCCACUUCGCACAGGUGCAGUUCCGACUGAAGCAGAUCGUUCACGCUCAGGCCGAGGAGAAGGAGAGGAUGCUGGCCGAGCUGGAGGAGUUCGCCUUCAGAGGAUGCCCGCAUGUGGUGGGCUGCAGAACCCAGGACCCCAAACAGCUGGAGAACUCGAGUGAGAGGGAGAAGAGGGAGCGCCUGGAGGCUCAGAGGGAAAAACAGAAGGAUCUCAUUUUCCAACUGAAGACACAGCUGGAUGAUCUGGAGCGCUUCGCCUACCAGGAGGGCAGCUACGACUCGCUGCCGCAGUCCGUCGUCAUGGAGAGACAGAAGGUCAUCAUCGACGAGCUGAUCGAAAAGCUGGACGUGAACCUGAACGAGGACAUCGGCAACUUGUCGCCCGAGGAGCUGCGACAGAGAGUGGACUCUGCCAUCGCUCAGAUAGUGAACCCGGCCAGGGUUAAAGAGCAGCUGGUGGAUCAGCUCAAAACCCAGAUCAGAGACCUGGAGAUGUUCAUCAACUUCAUCCAGGAUGAGGUGGGGAAUCCUCUCUUAUCAGAUGGUGGACUCAGCCAGCAGCCACAAGCAGCGGGGGCCAGUGGCAGAACUCCAGGAGUGAAGAAGAAAGUGGACCCGGAGCAGGCCCAGAAGAUGCGAGAGACCGGCCUGCAGCUGAUCCAGAAGGCCCUCGCCGUGCUGCAGAUCUUCGCUGCCAGCCAGUUCGGCUGCGCGCCCGGCCACCUUCCUCAGAACGUGUGGCCUCAGGAGUCCACCCAGCAGGACUACGGGCCCCUGCUGCAGCGCCUGGAGGCAGCGGUCGAUAAGGUGCGAGUGCUGGGCUCGUGCAGACAGCCGUCCCUCGAACACGUCGUCAACUACACCAGCAACGCGGCGCUGGGACCUCGCGACGAGCUGACGGCGUCGGUGCGGAAGGAGCUGGCGAUUGCUCUGAAGGACUUGUUGUCUCACGGCCUCUUCUCGCCCUCCCAGACCAUGAGUCUCGUUCUGGCCCCCAUCUCCUGCCUGCUGCCUUACAGACCAGCCCCACAGACCAUGCACCCGUGGGAGCUUUUUGUCAAAUACUACCACUCCAAAAACGGGCAGGCCUUCGUGGAGACACCGGCCCGCCAGCUUUCCCAGUCCUUCAGCCUUCCCGUAGGGGGCGGCCCCGUGACCGUCACCCCGAAACAGUCUCUGCUGUGGGCCGUUCACACGGUGCUGAAGGAGCACGGACGCUACAAACGAGGACCGGACACCGAGUUCAAAGCGCUGGUGUGCAUGGCUCUGAACGAGCAGCGGCUGGUGUCGUGGCUCAACCUGCUGUGCAAGUCUGGGACCCUCAUACACCCGCACUACCAGUCCUGGAGCUACAUGGCCCAGACCGGCUUUGAGGGCGCACUGCGCAUCCUGGGCCGCAUCAGCCACCUCAAAUUCGACCUCCCAGUGGACCUGGCCGUCCGGCAGCUGAAGAACAUUAAGGAUGCGUUCUGAGGAGGCGACGCAUCCACGAAAAAUAAACAAUCAGUCUCAGAAAUCAAGUAUUUUACCCGCUAAACUACACUGCUGUUACUUGACGUUCAGGACCAAAAGCAUGACUUUGUGCUUCAAGUAUGUAACAUUUUUAAAGGUCAUUUAAGUAGCGAUUCAUCUUUAAGUAAAGUGCAACUAUGUGAUGUCUUCAGUACAUGCAUGGAUGAUGAUGUCGUGUGAGCUUCAACCAUAAUACCCACUAUGUUUAAGAUGCCAAAAUGACAACGCUGCUCGUACUGUAAACAUGCCUUAGGGUGGAGAUUGAGAUUUCCUCACGUUUAGAAAAAGCCUUCCUGACCUUUGCGACCUGUGCUCAUCAUACCGUAUCAUUCCCCCCGUGUACAUGAUAGCAUCCUAAGCUAUGCAGCUAAGAGAGAGGUUGGAUGUGUACAGUAAUCUGUACUGUAAUGUGUUCGCCACUGAGGCAAUUCAGGAAGAAAACUUAAUGAGCCGAAACUCGAUUGAUGUGGUUUCUACACAGCAACGAGAGCAUUGUGACGUAUCGGCGCUCCGUCGUUAACAGCUAAAAGCGCGUCGACUUCUGUCGUGGCGUUUAUUGGUUUGGUGGUAAAUCACGUGUAGCAGAUCGGUUGCUGUCUUGAUGCACUCUUCAGACGUGAAGUUUAAGCGUUGUGUAACAUUGUCCACAAAUAUGCAGCCGUCACCGACUCCAUUUUAACACCGCUGAAGUUGUUAUCACCUCUUGAACGUUGUGUUUCAGGUGUGUUGGACCCUGUAAGAACUGCUGCUUUCCUUCUAUUCCAGGUGUAGUUAAAAUGAAAAUGAACUGACAGUGAUAUUGUAUGAUAAGAGUGAUGUAAUUGCUUACAUCCUGUAUGUGACACGAUUGUAGGAUAUAAAAGGUUUCGUUUUGUUUCCUGUUCUUCAGAGAACUUUGUUUUUAACUUCCGGAGACCGCUGAGUUGCACAUAUUUUAUCCUUAAAAUACUGAAUGUACAAACCAUAGAUGCUAUUAAACUGAGGUUUAGUUCAUAUCUGCUGUAUGUUGAACUGCUGUUUAUGGGACUGACACUACAGUUUAGGUGUGCUGAGAAAAGAUGAUCACUUUGUCUUUAUUUCCAGAGAUAAAAACCUGUGCACUUUGUGACUUAAAUGCACCUGAGACACAUUUUAGGCAUUUAUUUUAUGUUGCUGUGUAAAUGGAAUGUUUGUGUUCUGUUAAGGCUAAGUGUAGUAAAUAUGCUGCCAUAUUUAGCUUCCUUUUUUCCCGUUUUUGUUGUUCCGCUGUUUUGUUGUGAUUUAUGUAAGGAGACAUUUAUUUAUUUAUUUAUGACAUAGCAUGGUUUAACUCACCUCUGAAGUAGGUUGAACAUAUCAGAACACUCUGUUAAAGUAGCUAGGAACACACUGGUUUGUUUAAAUUGUGCUGUUUAUGUUGUUUUUAUUGAGUCACAGAUAAUAUAUUGGGAUAUAUGAAUUGUGUUUAUUUUCUCCUUUUUAUUAUGUUCAAUGCAUACCCACAGCUGUAAACAAAUUAAACUUAGUCAA